GUCAACUGGGUGCAUCUUAUUCUUCUUACUACAACUCCCUUGAUCAGUAUUGGUGCAUUCAUAUAUGUUCCUAUGCAGUUCAACACUAUGAUGUUUGCACUCUUUUGGUAUUUGCUGACUGGUUUCGGCAUUACUGUUGGCUAUCAUAGAUAUUGGUCGCAUAGAUCUUAUGAGGCAACUGUUCCUUAUCAGAUUGUUCUUGCCUUGGCUGGUGCUGGUGCUGUCGAGGGUUCCAUCAGAUGGUGGUCUCGAGGUCAUCGUGCCCAUCACAGAUAUACUGACACAUCCAAAGACCCAUACAAUGCUCGCAAGGGUAUAUUUUGGUCACAUCUUGGAUGGCUGCUUGUUAAAACAGAUUACUCGACCGUUGGCCGUGUCGAUAUCAGUGAUUUGAAUUCUGACCCUGUAGUCAUGUGGCAACACAAGUACUACGUCCCUUUGGUGCUGCUUAUGUCGGUCAUUCUCCCAACCGUCAUCCCUGGAAUUUUUUGGGGCGACUAUAUGGGCGGAUAUUUCUUUGCUGGUAUUGCCAGGUUGGUGUUUGUGCACCAUGCCACGUUCUGUGUCAAUUCUCUUGCACACUGGGCUGGAGAAACUACAUUUGAUGAUCGUCAUAGUCCAAGAGACCAUUUCUUCACUGCAUUGAUUACUUUUGGUGAAGGCUACCACAACUUCCAUCACGAAUUCCCAUCUGACUACCGUAACGCAUUGGGUUUGUUCCAAUACGACCCAUCCAAAUGGAUCAUCUACCUUGCCUCGUUGACAGGUCUGACUUAUGGACUUCAUACUUUUACUACCAACGAAAUCGAAAAGGGAAAACUCACCAUGGCUCAAAAAGUCAUUGAUCGCAAAAGAGCUAAGCUUUUGUGGGGUCCCAAGGACGAGGAUCUUCCACGAUAUACAUUUGCUACAUUCCAGCGUAUGUGUACAGAACAACAUCGGUCGCUUAUUGUCAUUGAUGGUAAUGUGUAUGACGUUGAGCAUUUUAUGGACCAGCAUCCAGGAGGUCGCGGAUUCCUAAAAGCCAGUAUAGGAAAAGACGUCAGUACCAGCUUUAAUGGUGGUGUUUAUGAUCACCACAAUGCUGCACGGAAUCUGGCAUCCAUGAUGCGUAUAGCCAUCUUGGAUGGUAACGUUCCAUUACAAUUCGUUGCCAAAGAAGAGUAA